AUGGCCGAUAGGGAAGUGAUUCUACUCGACAGCGAUUCCGACGAAGAUGAAGACCUGCGCCGUGCCAUUGGGCUGUCCCUCCAAGACCAAAGCAACGUGAAGGAUGCCGAUGCCGAUGCUGUCCCCGAAGAGGCGCAAAACCCCGAAGCCGCCAAGCAGGCCACAUUUGGAAGCAUCAUGCUGGAUCGGAAAGGAAUGGAAGAGGCACGGUUGAGUCGACUAGGGAAGCGGCGCCGAAACUCAAACUCAAACGAGGGGAGCGCCGGGGACCCUGCGACGAAGCGACUCACGCCACAACAAUCCGAACGGCCAGGGGCCGCACAACCGCCAUACCCGCAAGGAAUCGUGCGCCGCACAUGGACCAAGGGGUAUCCCAAAACAUGUGAUGACAUUACGAUCGAAGAAGUCUUUCAGAUGGAAGAUCUCCAGCUUGCACUGCUAUCUUCCUUCCAGUGGGACGACGAAUGGCUGCUAUCGAAGCUGAAUGUCGGCACAACCCGAGUUUUGCUACUCGCCUUUGCGGCUGACGAAGAAUCGAAACAAGCGAUGAAGGAGAACGCGCCCAAGAAUGUACGGUUCUGCUUCCCGCCAAUGCACGGCCCCGGAUCGAUGCAUUCCAAGCUUCAGGUUCUCAAGUAUGCCAAGUAUCUCCGAUUAGUGAUCCCGACAGGGAAUUUGGUGCCCUACGACUGGGGCGAAACCGGAGUCAUGGAGAAUAUGGUGUUUUUAAUUGACCUGCCCCGUCUGGACGCAAACGUCACUUGCGGGAUGACCGUGUUUGGGGAGAACAUGGCCCGUUUCCUCACCGCUGCAGGCGUAGACGAUGGCAUGGUCAAGAGCCUUGCAAACUACGACUUCUCUGCGACGGAAAAGCUCGGCUUUGUUUCCUCCAUGUAA